AUGAGAGUCGGAGACGAGACGCAGAUAAACUUCUGUGUGACACAGUCACUGAAGGUGAGCGCAGAGUCACUCCACAGUGACCCUAAAGAGGCUCUGAAGAUGGCUGCUCGUCGACUCCCGAUGCUCUUGGCCUGUUUUGCCGCCGUGGCUCUGCUGUCCGCUCGACGCUUGAAAGUUAUUUUACAUCAUAUUUGUUUUUCAUCAUUUGCAUUGAUUGUUUCUGAUGAAGGUUGUGCUGACGGCUGGAGUAGGUUUGACUCUCGCUGUUUCAAGUUCUUUAAUGAUGUAAAGACCUGGACCGAUGCUGAGAAAAGCUGCCACUCUCUUGGUGCAAACCUGCCCUCCAUCCACAGUGCGAAGGAAAACACCUUCAUCAAGGAUUUGAUCAAUUCAGCCACAGGGGGCGACAACCACGCCUGGCUCGGUGGGUCUGAUGCUGCGCAGGAGGGGAGGUGGUUCUGGAGUGAUGGAACUCCCUGGGACUACAACAGUUGGCUUGUCCACCAGCCAAACAAUGCAUUCAGCCGAGAGCACUUCACUGCCUACUGGAGCGGGGGUUUGUGGAAUGAUGUCCAAAACAGCGGGAAACUGAGCUACAUCUGUGCUAAAGCUGCUCCCCAGCCUUCACUGAAACCCAAGGGUGGGCUCCUGACUCUGGAGGGCUUCACCUGCCAGUGCAGCCCUGAAAAGAAGUGACCACUGCAUCUGUGAUCAACUACGUCACCAAAUCUACUCUGUUUGUCAUCAAGCUGAACGCCCACAUGGAGCUUUGGUUUUUCUUUGUGAUUAAACUUUGUUUCUGAGC